AAAACGAUCCAACCUUGCAACGAUCCAACCUUGCCGUGAAUAUGAACUACAGAGAAUUGACAGAAGAGAGCGAGGAAGGAUGAGACCGAGGAAAGACGCCAAGAAAGCAAGAACGCAAAAACGAACGAAGCGGAAUUGUGAAGUUGUGGAAUUAAGUAUAAAUAAACGACAAUAAAUGUUUUUAUCCGUCGAUAAACUGGCGCGAUCAAAUUCAUAAAGUGUGAAGUAAAAUUAAUUUCAAACAUUAUAAAAACAUUUAUUCCAGCACCUCGUGCCGUUCGUCACUAAGUGAGGUUAGAUGGAUAUUCAUUUUAACUAUGAAAAUGCUUCAUUUUCGAGAUAAAAAGAUAGGCGUAUUGCAGUGCAUCAUGACAGGUCUGUAAGACAUCGAACAGCUGACAGAGCACCUAUCGAACAGAGUCGUGUUUGUUUGUUUCGUUCGAUUGGUCCCAGAGCGCCGCCUAAACCACACUCUACAUAAUAUGAUAUCAGAAUAUUAUCAUAAAGGAUAUGUUCGAAAAUUGGAUUCAAAUGAAAUCUCCGAAGUAAAAUGGUUUUUACCUAUCUUCCCUAUUAAAAAUCCCAACAAACCAGGAAAGAUAAGAAUUGUUUGGGACGCAGCAGCGAAGUCUUCGCAUGGCCUAUCGUUGAAUUGUAUGUUAUUGCAAGGACCGGAUCUUUUAUGUUCUCUAUUGAACAUAUUAUUAUGCUUUCGUUUGGGUAAAAUUGCGAUCGCAGGUGACAUUCGUGAAAUGUUUCACCAGAUAAGCAUGCGUAGAGAGGAUCAAAUGUAUCAAUGUUUUUAUUGGACAGAACAAGAUGGAGAACUUGCCGUGUAUGCUAUGACCGUGUUGACCUUUGGUGCAUGUUGUUCACCUUGCACUGCCCAGUUCGUGAAAAAUCGGAACGCGGAACGUUUUCAAACUACUCACCCCAAAGCAUAUGAAGCUAUCGUUCAUUUUCAUUACGUUGAUGAUCUGCUUGUGAGUGUUGAAACAGAAAGUGAAGCCUUACAAUUGAUAAACGACGUAAAAACUGUUCACAGUGCUGGAGGAUUUGAAAUGCGCAAUUGGAUAAGCAACUGUAAAUCCGUUGAGGCGUAUGUUAAUGGAAGUGUUUCUACCGAAAAAUGUAUGAACUUUUCAUCAAAAAGUCACGUAGAAAAAGUUCUAGGCAUGUGGUGGGACACUGCCCUAGACGUGCUGACGUAUAAAGUGUGGUGGCAUCGUUAUGAUACAUCAUUGUUAACGGGAAAUCGAUCACCAACUAAACGAGAAAUGCUACAAGUCCUUAUGUCCAUAUUCGACCCUCUCGGGCUAGUUGCACAUUUUUUAGGAUACCUCAAGGUGGUCUUACAGGAUGUUUGGCGCUCAAGAGUUGAUUGGGAUGAACCAGUACAUAUUGAAGAAUUGAAGAAGUGGAUGAUAUGGAUAAAACUUCUACCACAAAUCGAACAAGUAAAAAUAACCCGAUGCUAUUCCCAGCAAUAUUCCAUCAAUGAUGCUGAAGAUGUUCAACUACAUACAUUCGUAGAUGCUGGAGGGAGCGGAAUGGCGGCCAUUGUCUUUCUGAGUCUGUCUCGCGAAAACUGUACUCAUUCAAACCGUGAAAAAGAAAAGAAAUAAAGAAA